CGGAUAUUUUUUUGCUCCGCCGUCUUCUUCUUCCUCUUCGAUGAAGGAACUGAUUCGAAGUUACUCUAUUUACGACAAUAACAACUUUUGACCUCUAUCUCUGCUGCUCUGAUUUGAGUUUGAGCUCUUGCGAGUUGCAACACCGAGUCAGGUCAGCCUCAGCUUGCUCUUACGUUCCGUCUUUGUUCAUGUUUCUCUGGUCAAGGCGUUUCGAGUUUUUUGUAGAUCCGAUUUAUUUUGGUUUUCGAGAAUAGUUUGCUGACGGAAGGGGUUCUGUAAGAUGCGUUUUUUAUAAUUGGUUUGUAACUUUUAAAGUAUGGGUAGAGGAUAUAGUGAAUCGAGUGACAAUGAAUCGAGAGAUGUGGGUAGGGAACAUCGAAGUCGUGGCCUUAGGUAUUCUAGGUCAGAUAGAGAAAGGGGAAGACGAGAAAGUGAGAGAGAAAAAGGAAGAAAUCACGAUGAUGAGGAUAAUCGGCAAAGAGAAAACUCCGGAUCUUUUGAUGUAGACAGGCGUGCUAAUAGAGAUGGGAGGCGAGAAAGUCAGAGAAUUCAUGAUGAUGAUAAUUCUAAGGAUGGACCAAGAGAAGGCCGUUCUAGAUCUGGUGAAGAAGAUGGUAAGCAUGUAAAUAGAGAUAGGAGGCGGGAAAGUGAAAGAAUUCAUGUUGGUGGUACGGAUAGGAGGAGAGAAGAGCGUUCUAGAUCUUCUGAUGAAGAAGAUGACAAGCGUUCCUACGGGGAUAAAAGGCGUGAAAGAGAAAGAAUUCAUGAUGGUGAUGAUAAAGUGCGGGAAAGAGAAAGAAUUUACAAUGGUGAUGAUGAUUCCAAGACCAGGAAGAGAGAUACACCUGAGGAAAGUUCCGAAUCUUCUGAUAAAUCGGAGGAGAGGCAAGCCAAGAGGGACAGGAGGGGAAGAAGGGAUAGAAGUAAUAGACAUGACACUAGAAAUAGGGAUAGGCAUAAUGAGAGGCGGCGGGAAUCUGAAGAAGAUAGAUAUAUAAAUAGGGACCGACGUCAUCAUUCGCAUCAUUAUUCUGAUGACGAUCACAGAAAAGGGUCCCAUAGAAAUACAGAACGUGAGAAUAGAAGUGAUAGGAGAGACAGCGAUAAUCAGUUAAGCCGUAGAGACAGAGAUGAUAAUAAGGAGAAAGAAGAAGGGGAAAUCAAGCUGAAACAAUCAGCAUUGCAACAAACCAACUUGAAUGGUGACACGGCAAAUUUAGGUAGGAGUGGAGGAGUUUACAUUCCUCCAUUUAAAUUAGCAAGGAUGAUGAAAGAGACACAAGAUAAGAGCAGUGUCGAGUAUCAGCGGUUAACAUGGGAUGCCCUUAGAAAAAGUAUCAAUGGGCUUGUUAACAAGGUCAAUGCUACUAAUAUAAAGAAUAUUAUUCCAGAACUCUUUGCUGAGAAUCUUAUUCGAGGAAGGGGUCUCUUUUGUCGUUCUUGCAUGAAAUCUCAGAUGGCAUCUCCGGGUUUCACAGAUGUUUUUGCUGCAUUGGUGGCCGUUGUUAAUACCAAGUUUCCUGAGGUGGGGGAGCUAUUGUUGAGAAGGAUUGUUUUGCAGCUUAAGAGAGCAUAUAAGCGGAAUGACAAGCCUCAAUUAUUGGCAGCUGUUAAAUUUGUAGCACAUCUUGUGAACCAGCAAGUGGCUCAUGAAAUUGUUGCUUUGGAACUACUCACUGUUUUGCUGGAAAAUCCUACCGAUGACAGUGUUGAGGUGGCUGUUGGUUUUGUUACAGAGUGUGGUUCAUUACUUCAAGAUCUUUCACCAAAAGGCCUCCAUGGUAUCUUUGAGCGAUUUCGGGGGAUUCUUCACGAGGGAGAGAUAGAUAAACGUGUUCAAUUUUUAAUAGAGGGCUUAUUUGCUAUAAGGAAAGCAAAGUUUCAGGGUUACCCUGCAGUUCGUCCAGAACUAGACCUUGUUGAGCAGGAGGACCAAUUAACUCAUGAAAUAUCUCUCCAAGAUGAGAUAGAUCCCGAGAUCACCCUUGACAUUUUUAAACCAGAUCCUCAGUUCUUGGAGAAUGAAAAGCGCUAUGAAGAGGUGAAGAAAACCAUCCUUGGUGAAGAAUCUGAGGGUGAAGAAGGCUCAGAUGCAGGUUCAGGUGACGAGGAGGAUGAGGAUGAUGAUGAAUCAGAUGAGGAAGAUGAAGAGAAGAUGAAAAUACAAGAUGAGACAGAGACAAAUCUUAUAAAUCUUAGGAGGACAAUCUACUUGACAAUCAUGUCCAGUGUAGAUUUCGAGGAGGCUGGUCACAAGCUGCUGAAAAUUAAGCUUGAGCCCGGGCAAGAGAUGGAGUUAUGCAUUAUGCUCCUGGAAUGCUGUAGUCAGGAGAGAACAUACCUUCGAUAUUAUGGUCUUCUGGGGCAGCGGUUUUGCAUGAUCAACAAAGUCCAUCAGGAAAAUUUUGAUAAAUGCUUUGUUCAGCAGUAUUCUAUGAUCCAUCGCCUUGAAACAAACAAACUACGCAAUGUGGCAAAGUUUUUUGCACAUUUACUCGGCACAGAUGCUCUGCCGUGGCAUGUUAUAUCCUACAUACGCUUAACUGAGGAGGACACAACCUCUUCUUCCCGAAUAUUUAUAAAGAUCCUCUUCCAGGAAUUGUCGGAGCAUCUCGGAAUCCGCAGACUGAAUGAACGGCUAUCGGAUCCAACGAUGAUGGACUCCUUUGAAUCUAUUUUCCCAAGGGAUAAUCCCAAGAACACUAGAUUUUCAAUCAACUUCUUCACUUCAAUUGGUCUCGGUGGUAUAACUGAGAAUUUGCGUGAAUAUUUGAAGAACAUGCCCCGGCUUAUUAUGCAACAACAGGAACCAGCAUCUGGAUCAGAAUCGGGUGAUGAAUCUGAAAGGCCUAGUUCAUCAGAUUCAGGAAGUGCUAGUUCAGAAUCGGAGUCAGAGACAGAAUCAUCAAGUUCCGACGAGAGUGAAAAGCGCCGGAGGAAGAGGAGAAGAAAAUGAGGUAAGAUUGAGGUGUUGAGUGUGAAGCUUAUGUAGAAUAUAUGUCCCGAGUUCUGAUACAUAUAUAUUAUGCAUGUCUCUUGUUUUCUUAUUUCGUCAGCGGCACAUUGGAUUGAUAUGAUAACAAUGCUAAGUGUAAUUUUGUACGCUUUAAAGUGGGGAAAAUUACUGAUCACCAUCUUGCAA